AUGGUGUUGGAGUUGCUCCCAGUUGAUGGCGAGGCCAGUCGCACUCGUCAGAGUGAAUACGUGGAUAUGUCCCUCAUUCAUCUCGGCAUUAAAUUGCGUGAUAUGGGAAUUGAAUUUGAGGAAACAGAGCUUGCGACGGUGCCUACACGUUUUGCAGAACGGUUGUUGAGCUACCUACAUGCAUUCGAGGAGCGGGAGUCUGCAAUUCGAGACUCGAUGACAGAACACCAGACCCAACUGAAGCAGGAGAACAACCGCCUGGAAACGCUGCAGGAGGCCACAGAAAAAAUGAGAGGUGAAGUGGCGAUAUUAUCCGGGAAAAUUAGCUCGGCACUAGGCGCAUACCGUAGCGAGGAAAAACUAGAGGCGCAGCGGCGGCGGGAGCGACAGCGAGACGUGUGCGAUAUUAUGCGUCAAAAUGACAAGAAGGAGCUCGAGCUAAGGCGAGAGACUAUGGAACGUGACCGGCUAAGUAAAAUACUACAGAAGGUCCAAAAGUAG